AAAAAAGCAUUAAAGCCAUCCCUGAUGUUUAAUGAGUCCUCCAACAUGAAAUUAAGCGUGAACAAUCUAAACUACGUCAAAAUGUUUCAAAUCUUAGGGGCAAUUUUGAUUUUUGGUCUUGUCCUGAUGGCUGUUUACUUCAUGAGAGCAGAGAGUGUGGUACAUCGGAACCCUGAAGCAGCAGUUGUCAGCAUUUAUGAAGAGUUGGAGGAGGAAGAAGUACUCUACAAAGAUCUCCCAGUAACAACUGUAAUUGAAAAUGAUUCCAGUAGAUGCAAUGACUGCUGUAGCUUUGAACUUGUGGAAAACAUUCCUUAUGACUUAGCUUUUGAGAUAAAUAGCACUGCAGCCAAACCCUUGUACCAAGCCUGGAUGAGACUCCUUGAUAUAGCCCAGGAAAAAAUUCAUGUGGCUUCUUACUAUUGGUCUCUUACUGGGAAGGAUAUCCACGUCAAUGAUUCAUCUUCCAAGCAGGGUGAAGAUAUUCUGAAGAGGUUUGAGAAACUACUCACAGAGAAUGUCUCUGUGUAUGUUGCAGCAAGUGUGCCAACUUUGGCUACAGAUUCAACUGACCUUGAGCUUUUAGAGGAACAAGGGGCUCAUGUAAAAAAGAUUAAUUUUGGACGUUUGGCAGGAGGAGUGUUGCAUAGCAAAUUCUGGAUUGUAGACAUGAAACACAUAUACAUUGGCAGUGCAAAUAUGGACUGGAGAUCUUUAUCUCAGGUGAAAGAAUUUGGUGCUGUGAUAUAUAACUGCAGCUGCUUGGCCAAAGACCUCUGGAAAACCUUUAGUACUUACUGGGAUCUUGGACAUGCUAAUGCUACCAUCCCAUUUCCUUGGCCUCUUAAUUAUUCUACCCACAUUAACAAGCAUCAGCCUCUGGAAGUAGAGCUUAAUGGAGUCUUAACAAAAGCCUAUUUUUCUGCUUCUCCUCCAGUAUUUUGUCCAAAAGGUCGUACCUAUGACCUCUCUUCUAUAAUCAGUAUUAUCAGUGAGGCACGGAAAUUUGUCUACGUUUCUGUUAUGGAAUAUUUCCCUACCAGCCGUUUCAUUCAUCCAGAAAGAUACUGGCCAGCCAUUGACAAUGCUCUGAGACGUGCAGCUUUCAACAACAGAGUACAAAUCCACCUUCUGGUCAGCUGCUGGACUCACUCUGACCCAGCCAUGCUCUACUAUCUGAGGUCCCUGCAUGCUCUCAACAACCCACAUGCCCACAUCAAUGUUGACGUGAAACUUUUCAUUGUUCCUGUUCUGAAUCACACAAAUAUUCCAUAUGGGAGAGUGAAUCACAACAAAUAUAUGGUCACUGAUAAAGUAGCCUAUAUUGGGACUUCCAAUUGGUCAGAAGAUUACUUUAUUACUACAGCUGGUGUGGGACUAAUUAUCAAACAGAACUCAACCAACCUGCAACUGCCUCUCCAGGAACAAUUAAAAAACCUUUUUGAGCGAGACUGGAAUUCCAAAUAUGCAGUGAAUCUGGAAGAUGUGCAGGGACAGAAGGACUGUAACUGGAAAGGCAGACUCUGA